AAGCGUCUAUCUUUCCCCUUUCAGUGUUUCUCACACAGAAUAACGAUUCAUCUUCUCACAAAUCCAGAAAUUCAAUCUCUCUCUCUCUCUCUAUCUUCUUAUCAAACAAAAAUCUGCACAAAUUGUAGUUGAUUAUGGCAGGAAGAGAAGUUCGAGAAUACACCAAUCUCACCGACCCCAAAGAUAAGAAAUUGGGUAAAGGAAAAGAUAAGAUUGAUGAUGAAGACGUUACUUUCCAACGCAUGGUUGCAAAGAUGCAGGAAGUAGCUGGGGAGCGUGGAGGUUAUCUUCAUGGGCGGGGCGCCUUGGACAGUGAUGAUCUUCUAUAUCUCAAGGAGCAAAUGGAAGCUGAGGAGGAUGCAGAACGCCUCCUGCGUCGCACUGAAAAACGAGCUUUUGCUGCUUUUAAGAGAGCGGCAAGUUUAGCAGAUUCUUCACCAGCAUCAGUACCCUUACCGUUACGUGUUGAGCCAAAGCCAAAGAGUGGGAUCAGGCAGCAAGAUCUGUUGAAAAAAGUUGUUGAGAUUAAACCAAAGCGACCAAGAUCUGAAAGCAAUAGGCCAACACAUGCUCCUAGUGAUGCUUCUAUUACGAAUCGUGAGUCUGAUGGUGGUAAUUUGAAAGGCAAUGAGCAAUCUUUGACUGGAACAAAGAAAAUAGAGGAACACCCUACGUCAGGGUCGCAUGAAGGAGAUGCUAAGCCUAAGGUUGAUAACUCUGCCGGCGGAUUACUAGGCCUUGCAUAUGCUAGUUCAGACGACGAUGAAUGAUUGAUCGAAAAUGUGAUUUAUGCUAGAUCGCAUAUUUCAGUCAUUGUCUUUGUAGUUUUAGUACAAAAUGCUUGACUUAUUUAGAGAAAGUAAUGAAGGCUGUAAAAGAGAAGAAAAUGAAGAAUUAGAACAUUACUAUACAACUAGAUAUAACUUAUAAGAUAUAAUUUUGUAUGUGAUCAUUGAAUCCCUAAUAUGCCAAUUUUGUUUAUUUUGCCAUGUUUUUGAAGCAUGUAGUUUGUAAAUUGUCUUCUCUCUACAGCUCUUCUCAGGAGCCCCUAGCGGCAUUAUGUAGUUUGAAACCAUUAUCAGUGGUUGUAAUGUAAAUUUACUGGGUUUAACAUAAUAACCAGAAAAAACCUCGUCAUCUUAGUAUGUGUUUGGAUGCA